AUGCUGAAGCUUAAGCUCUACAAUACGAAGGCCAAGCGCGCUCUCUUCCUAGUUGAUAUCCCUUGGUUCUUUAUUGCCACUCGCUCACAUCGAUAUUCAAGAAUUUCUUCUUCUAUAGAAGCACAGAAUCAUCACCGUAAUAAUCAAUCCUCUGGCUUCUAUCCAUCUUCAAGUAUUCCUUUCUCAUUAGACUUGCAGAAUCCCCGGGCUUCUCAUGCUUUCAUCUUAAAAAAUGGGCUUGAAUCUGACUCCAGGUUGGCCAUUGAUCUUCUUCUUGCCUACUUCGUUAAUGGGCAACCUUCCAUUUCCCAAUCCAUUUUUGCUGUGCUCUUUGAAGCCAAUAUCUAUUCCCUGAAUUCAAGUCUUAGAGAACUUUUUAGUGAUGGAUUCUUUGAGCAAAUCCUCAAUCUGUACUGGGUUCUUCGGCUAUCCAAUGGAAGAGCAGACAAUUUUACUUUCCCUUAUGUACUCAAGGCCUGUGCCACUCUUGCUGCCUUCGAAGAAGGCUUCUUGAUCCAUUCACAGAUCCUCAAAUAUGGAUUCAUUGGGAAUAUUUUUGUCGCCAAUUCUCUCAUAGAUAUGUAUUCAAAAUUUGGGUUUCUGCAAUCUGCCCGUGAAAUUUUUGAUGAAAUGCCUGAACGAAAUUUGGUUUCCUGGAAUUGCAUCAUUUCUGGGUACGGAUUGAAUGGUUUCCCAGAUACUGCAUUGGAAUUAUGUAGUUCACUGAAAGUGGAAGGUUUGAAAUUAGACAAAGUGGGUUUGAAGAUUGUUCUUCCCGCCUGUGGUCAAUUGGGUGCAAGUCGUCUUGGAAAAUCUGUCCAUGGCCAUGUUAUUGUUUCAGGUUCGUCUUCUGACACGGUAUUAGCUACCGCCAUUAUGGAUAUGUAUGCGAAAUGUGGCAAUCUUGGUGUUGCUGAGAGACUCUUCAACGAGAUUACUUGUAAAGAUGUGAUAGCUUGGAAUGCCUUGAUCAGUGGGUAUUCCCAAAGAGGGGAACUGGAAAUGGUACUCAAGUUCUUCCAUAAGAUGCAGGUUGAGGGUGUGGGAGUUACUGUUGUUACUGUACUGAUUACUCUCCAAGCUUGUGGUGAUCUUGCAAGCCUAAUCACAGGGGAGAUCAUCCAUGGUUACAUCACAAGGAUUGGACUUGUUUCAGAUACAUCUGUAGAGGCGCUUCUGAUAAACAUGUAUUCAAAAUGUGGAAAGCUGAAUUUGGCUCACCAAGUGUUCAGAUGGAUAUCAAAAGAAGAUGUGAACUCAUGGAGUGCCAUUAUUCGUGGGCUCGGGAUGCAUGGAUAUGGAGAAGCUACUAUAAUGGGUUUCUUCAAGAUGUUGAAGAAAGGCAUAGAUCCUGAUGGUUUAUGUUUCCUUAUUGUUUUAUCUGCUUGCAGUCACACUGGAAUGGUCAAAGAAGGGUUCAUACUUUUUGAUUAUAUGGUUACACAAUUCCGGGUCCAACCUAAACUAGAGCACUAUGUCACUAUGGUCGAUCUUAUGGGACGAGCAGGAUUAGUCAGUGAAGCAUUCGAAUUUAUUUCUUCGAUGCCAUUAAAACCGGAUAUAAGCAUCUGGGGAGCAUUCUUGGGUGCUUGUAGGAUUCAUGAUGAUUUCAACAUGGCAAAAUUGUCUAUGGAUCAAGUGCUAAGGGCAGACACGAGAACUCCAGGUUAUUACAAUCUCAUAAUGAGUAUUUACGCAAGCAGGGGAGCCUGGGAAGAAGUUUUUAAGAUCAGAAGUUUGAUGGAACAGAGUGGGGUGCACAAGGUUUCAGGACACAGUAGGUGCUUGUAG